CGUGACGUCAUGGCUCAUGUGUUGUAACUACUGAUCUAUAUAGAUCAGUAGUUGUAACGUAAAUACAAGGACACAUUUAACUGGAAUUAUUCGUCGGAAUUGGUUGAUUAAGAUGCCACUGAAGGAUCCUUGUCAAAAGCAGGCUUGCGCGAUACAGAAAUGUUUACAAGCCAACAAAUACAUUGAAAGUCGUUGUGAGGAUGUGAUUCGGGCUAUGAGAAAGUGUUGUGAAGUUCAUACAGGAGAAAACUCUGUCUGCUGCUCUGGAUUUGCCAAAGAACACAAAUCUUCAGAGACAAAAACAUAACUAUGUGGACACUGCAAUAUUUAUAUGUCCAAAACACUAUAAUUAUGUGUAUAUCACAAUUGUACUUCACUUUAAGUCUUUAUGGAUACUUUUAAAAUAAACAUGUUCAAUUAAA